CUCGCUCAAAUUUUUGAUGAUAUAUUUUGAAUAACGACAUUUCUCCAUAAUCAUUGUUUUUUACAUAUGUUUAUUAAUGAACAAUCAAAAUGCCUGUGUCAAUAAGCAGUGGUUGGUUAAACAAAAGAAUGUCGAGCGAAUAAAAAAAGCGCGUUGAUUUUGCUUCCAAUUCGGAUUCAUUUGUCAAUUUGUUGAAGAGUUGUACAAAACGAUAAGUAUUUGUUGUGUGUGUGUGUAUGUGCUUUUUUCGUUCCUUCUCUCUUUUCGAUUCGAUAUUGUUUAAGGUAGGUUGUUGCUGCCUAUGAAUAUGCUCAAUGUGUAUAUGAGGCAAUAAUCAGCUGAAAGACAUAUGAAAAGUGCGCCCACAAUCAAAUUGUAAUCAGUCUGCGACGUACAUCAGCUGAGAGGCACACUCCGUCAAAAUUCGUAAUAUCGGACACAUCGUCUUUCAUUCCACCAUCGUUAUAGCUACGAUAUAUUCAAUUUAAUGGAUUGGAGACAAUAAAGAAAAUUCUCAUAAAGUGGCAUCGAUUCUUGUGUUUAGUGUAUUUUUCCAGCUAAAGCAUUUUUUAUUCUGUUCGUGAACUUGAUUUAUUAUAUAUAAACAAAAAUGAUCCGAAUUAAAUCAUAUUAUCGGAUUUGCAUUGCCCUAGUAAUUGGUCUGUUAGUGGAUAUCGCACGAACAAUACCCCUACAAAAUGGAUCAAAUAAAAAUUCAGCAUUAGACUUGAUCAUUUUACAUAAUAAUGAUAUGCAUGCACGCUUCGAACAGACUGAUAAAUUUUCGUCAACAUGUCAUCCCGACGAAAUUGUUGAAAAUAGAUGCUAUGGUGGCAUGGCACGUGUUUCAUACGUAAUAAAAGAGUAUCGAAAAAAGGCGGAAAAAGGUGGACCAGCCGUUUUAUAUUUGAAUGCUGGCGACACUUACACUGGAACACCGUGGUUCACAAUUUUCAAGGACAAAAUUGUUUCAGAAUUCAUGAAUAUUCUCAAACCUGAUGCCAUUUCAUUAGGAAAUCAUGAAUUAGAUUUGGGCAUAGAUGGGUUGGUGCCGUUCUUGAAUGAUGUCACAUUUCCAGUGUUAGUGUCCAAUAUAAACAAUUCAGCUGAUCAUAUUUUAUGGCAAACGGCCGCACUGAAAAAGUCCGUGGUGUUUGACAUUAAAGGAUUCAAAGUUGGUGUUAUCGGUUAUCUUACACCAGAAACAAAACUGGUUGCAACUCCAAACGAUUUGGAAUUCAUUCCAGAAGUAUUGGCAAUCAAUGAUGAAUCGGAAGCAUUAAAAAAUAAAGGUGUUAACAUAAUUAUUGCGCUGGGUCAUUCUGGUUAUGAUGUUGAUAAGGAUAUUGCAAAGAAAUGUCCACUUGUCGAUGUUGUAAUCGGUGGCCAUUCGAAUACAUUUUUGUAUUCGGGUCAACAGCCGGACAUUGAAAAAAUCAAUGGUCCAUAUCCAACGGUAAUUAAACAAACCAGUGGCAAAGAAGUGCCCGUUGUUCAAGCCUAUGCAUAUACGAAAUACCUUGGUGAGUUGGAAUUGAGUUUUGAUGCGAAUGGAAAUUUGAUUCAUUGGGGUGGUGCACCAAUUCUGUUGAACGGAUCUAUAGAACGUGAUCCAGAAACUUUGGAUUUAUUGGAAAAAUAUCGUCCAUCCGUAAUCGAAUUAACGACAACCGAGAUCGGCUACACAAAGGUGCACUUAGAUGGUGACUCAUGUCGCAAAACUGAAUGUAAUCUCGGCAAUAUGAUUUCGGAUGCGCUUGUUUAUACAAGAGUUAAUCAGCACCAGGGUGAAUAUUGGACAGAUGCAGCUGUUUGUUUUGUACAAGGCGGUGGCAUACGUGCAUCGAUGCCAUUUGGAAAAAUUACAAAGUUUGAUUUGAAAACAAUAUUACCGUUUAACAAUUCAAUGCUGAUAAUGAACAUUACCGGCGCCGGAAUUCUACAAGCUCUUGAACAUUCGGUUAAACAAUACACCGGCGAUCGAGGUGAGUUCUUACAAAUGUCUGGACUUCGGGUUGUGUAUGAUAUGGAGAAAGUGUCCGGUCAUCGAGUUAAGUCGGUAGAGAUUUUGUGUGCCGAUUGUGAACUUCCACAGUAUUCAAAACUCGAAUCGAAAAAAAUGUACGGCAUCAUUAUAUCGCAAUUCUUAUUCGAAGGUGGCGACGGAUUUUCAAUGUUCAAAGAAUAUAAUGUACAAAGCAUGGAUAUCUCGGAAUUUGAAGCUGUACAACGGUAUAUUCAUGACUAUGGAACAGUUUAUCCAGUGGUCGAAGGUCGCAUCACAAUGCUCAAAUUAUCUACAUUUGGCAUCAAUCCCCCUGCCAAAACCGGAAGUGGUGCGCCACGAUGCACUGUUUCGUUGUCUAUCAUCUUACUGACGGCCGUGUCGUUGUUUAAUUACUUUCAAUAGACAAUAGAAUAGUGUUUCAUUUUUUUUUCUUUGUUCAUGUAUCAAUUAUUUCACGACACAUUAUUAAGCAUUAUUUUAAAUCAUAAGCAAUCAAAAAAAAUAAAAAAAUAAUGGUAGAUAAUUUGUACAAUUAUGUAAUUUGUAGUAAGAUUUUUGUGUAAUCUUUUUUAAAAAAGACAAUUUCAAUAGCAAUAGCUGUUACAUUGUAAAAAUUAGCUUUGUCACUUGAGUUCUCUUGCAAAUAAAUUCACGAACGCCAAUUUAUUCAUUUGAAAAAUGAAAUCACAUGAAUUAUGGUGGAAAAAGUUUAAAUAGAUAAAAAUCUUAAAUUAAUCACUUAAUUUUUUUUAAAGCGCUCUUUUUUCAAAAAGAUUUAUUUCAGGGAAGAAAUGCGCAGAUCAAGAAAUAAAAAAAUAGCCGAAAUUAUUUUAUCCAUCCACAUCAAUGGUGUGAUCGAUAAUGUUUUAAUAAAAAAGAAUCACUUUGAAAAAA